CCGCGCCGCCGUCGCCGCCUCGGAGCGGGGUCCAGGCCCAUCCGCCGCCACCGCUGCCGCCGUCGAGCUCCGCCGCCGCCGAGCACCAUGGGAGACGCCGGGAGCGAGCGCAGCAAAGCGCCCAGCCUGCCGCCUCGCUGUCCCUGCGGCUUCUGGGGGUCCAGCAAGACUAUGAAUCUCUGUUCCAAAUGCUUUGCUGAUUUUCAAAAGAAACAACCAGAUGAUGAUUCCACUCCAAGUACAAGUAACAGCCAAUCAGAUUUGUUUUCCGAAGAGACCACCAGUGACAACAACAAUACCUCGAUAACCACGCCAACUCUAAGUCCCAGCCAGCAGCCGCUUUCGACAGAACUGAAUGUAACUUCACCGGGUAAAGAGGAAUGUGGGCCAUGCACAGACACAGCUCAUGUCUCGUUAGUCACACCAACCAAAAGGUCCUGUGGUACAGAUUCACAGUCUGAGAAUGAGGCUUCACCAGUGAAACGGCCGCGACUACUGGAGAGCACCGAACGAUCUGAGGAAGUCAGCCGGUCUAAACAGAAGAGUCGACGUCGGUGCUACCAGUGCCAAACCAAACUGGAGCUGGUGCAGCAGGAAUUGGGAUCGUGUCGCUGUGGUUAUGUGUUCUGUAUGUUACACCGCCUCCCCGAGCAGCACGACUGUACAUUUGACCACAUGGGCCGCGGCCGAGAGGAAGCCAUCAUGAAAAUGGUGAAACUGGACCGGAAAGUGGGGCGCUCCUGCCAGCGCAUCGGGGAGGGGUGCUCCUGAAGGCCAGGCACGGCCAUCACAUGACGCUGUUCUUAGUUCACUAAUGUUAGCCUUAUUUAGGACAAAGUCAGCCAGACACCUUGUACUGGGCACGCGUCAGACUACAGCCAGUCGGUUUCCUUUCUUUAGCCAGCCAUCCUGGUACUGUAGUUUAGGGGUUGAUGGUGGUUGAAACUGAUUUCUGGCUGGUUACUAAGGUGCCUGCUAGCCAUUGUAUAAAAUUAAAACAUGAAGAAUAUUUUUUUUGAGCAUGGCUAGUGGAUUUAAAACAACACAUACCUGUCACUGCU